UCUAAAAAAUAAAUGGUUUAACAUUACAGUGUCUUACGAUACAAAUUGAACACUAAACCACAAAAUUCGUCAUUCAAAUUUACAAACUCUUUUUACGGCGGAAUCCGGCUUUGACUGACCGGAAUUUGGACGGGAAGGAGCGAUUUGUUGGAUCGUACCUGCACAAUAAAUGUAUUACGAGACAUUACCAGCAGCCGCGGCCAACAUCCGGACAUAAAGUUGUAUCAAAUUACAGUAAUGGCAUUACUUUCUUCAUCAAUUUUCUGUUUCUGGGCUUUGUUCGACUGGUUAUCUGCUGCUUGAAGUUUGUUGAAUGGCUCCAAAGCUUGACAUUGCUUGGGAUCAUGCCACACCAGUUGGUGGUAACCGAAAAGUUGCACAAUGUAAUUACUGUGGAAAGAUUAUACAUGGUAUUACAAGAUUAAAACAACACAUUGCCCAUGUGCCAGGAAGGUCGGAAGCAUGUCCAAAUGCUCCAGAAAUAGUUUCACAAAUGCUGAAGAAACAUCUUACUCGGGGUAGAAAUGAGAGAGAAAGAACAUGCAGUCAAGCAGAAACUCGUGAUGAUGCUUUUGAAAUGGAAUCAUAUAGUCAUUUGGAUGAUUUCUUUAGUGAAGAUGACAGUGAUACUAAUGUUGAUUUUGCUGACUAUGAGGGAUUGUCGGAGUUGGAAAAGCUGCAACUUAAGCAAGCCAUGGAAGAGAGCCGUCACACAGCUCGUAAGGAGGAAGAGGAACGUAAAAAAUUUGCUUUGGCAGUUCAUUCAAUCAAUAAACCCUCAACUGGUAAUGAUAGUGCUGGUACUUCAAGUAAAUCAAUUUCCGGAACAAAGCGUGCGCGUUCUUGCAGCAACAGAAUGGAUAAGACACAAGUUGUUGAGCUGCAAAUUGAAGAACUGAAAAAGGAAUUAGAUUUUCAAAAACAAAAGGUGAAUGAUGUUGAACAAGAAAAUGAGAAGCUGAAGAAGGACUUGUUGCAUAUACAAGAAGAACUUGAGUGGCAGUCUAAAAUGGCUGAUGAAAAGAAUCCAGAUGUGCAUGAACUCAAAGCAUUACUGCUUCAGAAGGAAACGGAGAUCAAUGAAUUGAAAAAAACACUAGCUGAGAAAGAAGAUGAUCUUCAUGAUGCGGAAGAUCUAAACCAGACUCUUAUACUGAAGGAGCAUAUGAGUAAUACUGAACUGCAGGAAGCCCGCAAAGAAUUGAUCAGUCAGGUGUGGCCUAAUCUUAUGGGUAAAACUGAAGUUGGUGUAAGGAGGAUGGGUGAAGUUGAUCAGGAACCUUUUCAAACCGUCUGUUUACGUAGAUUUGGUCGGCAAGAUUGGGAGGUGAAAGCUACAGAAUUGAACUCUCUGUGGCAGGAGAAGGUGAACAACCCCAGCUGGCACCCUUUCAAAAAAAUUCACAAAGAUGGAGAAUGGCAGGAAAUAAUAGAUGAAGACGACAAAACCCUGAGAGAACUGAAAUAUCAAUGGGGCGAAGCGCCUUACAAAGCGGUCGUUGCUGCCCUGCUGGAUUUGAACGAAUACAAUCCAAGCGGGCGAUACGUAAUUCAAGAACUAUGGAACUUUCAGGCUAGAAAGAAGGCCACUUUACAAGAAGCAGUCCAAUGCAUGAUUCAGCAGUUAGAGGCUCUUAAGUCUUCCAGACAUGUACGUUGAUCAAUCCCAAACCAAAGUAUUAGCUACAUGUAAAUAUUAGCAUGAGUUAGAGUUUCAUGGGAUAUUAGGCUUUCAAAAAAAAAAAGGUUUUGUUGAGUUAAAAAACUUUGGGGUGGUAAAUUGUCAUUAAGUUUUGUGAACAUUCUACUUAUGGAGUAAUGUAUCAUGGAGAGAUUGAUGUAGUUUAACUGAAAAAGAAUACUUGUACUAAGUAUCCCGACAAGUUUUACUUUAUUUUCAUACCCUUAAUCGAAAAUGAUAAGUGUUC